AUGUCUGUCUGUCUGUCUCUCUUUCUUUUCUCUCUCUCUCUCUCUUUCUUUCUUUCUCUCUCUCACAUGAUGUGCAGCGAGAUAAGGAGGCGGAAAGAGAUGGAGCAGGAUAUACUAUCAUCUGACAUCAGAGGAUGGAAGGGAGAGGGCCGGAUACCCACCUACGGAGCCACGGUCAACGCCCUGGACGAUAUUGUCGUAGCGACUGGCGUCGGCGGUGACGACGACGAAGCCGCUGCCGAUAGGGUUGUCCUGGAAUAUGUCUUUGAGAUCAUUGAGAAAAUGACUUGGCUGCAGACCUUGAAACAACCCGUCAGAUUGGGACCUGCUAAUGUCGCUUAUAAGCAUUUGAAUAAAAUGAAUUCACCAAGCACAAAACACCAGCUGACUUCACUAUCAUCGUCUCCAGUUACACAACACAGCAAUCCACUUCCACCACCAUCAUCAUCAACAACAACACCUCAACAACAACAACAACACGCCGGCAAUAGAUCUAGUUUGUUGUUCAACUUAUCUCAACAAAAACAACAACAGCAACCGCAACAACACCCUCCAGCCCCGCCUCUUCCUUUGUUUACCCCGUCUGGCCUGCACCACCACCAACAACAACAGCAACACAACAACAUUUAUGCAACGCCCCAACAACAAAACAUUUCAUUUGUUGGCGAGUACAACCCAAACGAAGUCACCCUACCAAACAGUCAAUUCUACUUGCCGUCUUUCGUUUCAAUCAGCAACAACAACAGCAGCAGUAGCAGCAGACACCCCAAGAAGCUGAAUAUAUCUAACCUUCGACCUUACCCUCCCCUGCGACCUUCCUUCAGUUUCAAGGACGACGGGGCACGCAGUCCUAGGUUCAAUAAGAGAAUAAUGGGGUCCAGUCGCAAGAAACCAGGUCCGGAGAACGAACUUCUUCUCAAGAGGAUUGCAUGGUUUAUAAGAAAAGUCAUCGAGGCCUACUGCGCCAACACUAAGAAUAGGCAGGCCGUCAACUCUUCCCUCUUCGAGCACCCUCAGGUCUUGAUAGCAGAAGAGGAGAAGAUAAUACUGGAGGACAUCAAAGACGAUCAAAUAAUCGUUGAAGAAAAGACCUUGGUAGAUACAGUUUAUUCAUUGAGAGAUCAGAUCAAGGAUAUAUUAACGGAACAGCAACUGCUUAGAAGGGACUUGGAAGCCGAAAGAAAAGCCAGGAGGACUUUAGAAAUAUUCGUCAGGCAGAAUGUCAAACAACAACUAAACAACAACAACAGCAACAACAACAGCAACAACAACAAUAACAGUAGUAGUAAUAGUAACGGCUCUCUGGAGAAACAGCUCCAUAGCAAAAGUGCUAACCUCAAGAAUACUUCCUCCUCUAACAAAGGAACGGGCAGCAGCAGUAGUAGUAGUAGUCAUAAUAAUAGUAAUAAUAAUAAUAGUAGUAGUAGUAAUAAUAAUAAUAGCAAUAAUAAUAAUAAUAGUUGCGGUAGUAGUAGUAGUAGCGGUAGUAAUCAGAAGAGGCAGUCUGCUGUUGCUACGGCGAAUAAUGAAUGA